CCUCCUCCCUCUCCUCCCCCACCUCCUGUCCCAUUGAUGUGUUAUUAUUGGGGGGGCUGGAGCAGUAAAAAAAGAAGAAGGAAAAAAAGAGCGGGGCUCUGCUGGCAGAGGUUGAGCGCCGGGCUGACGUGUGGCGGCAAUGGAAGAACUUACGGCGUUCGUCUCCAAGUCUUUUGACCAGAAAGUGAAGGAGAAGAAGGAGGCGAUCACGUACCGGGAGGUGCUGGAGAGCGCGCCGCUGCGCGGGGCCAAGGAGCCGACCGGCUGCACCGAGGCGGGCCGCGACGACCGCAGCAGCCCGGCAGUCCGGGCGGCCGGCGGAGGCGGCGGCGGAGGAGGCGGAGGCGGAGGCGGAGGAGGCGGAGGAGGUGUAGGAGGAGGAGGAGCAGGCGGAGGAGCUGGAGGAGGGCGCUCUCCCGUCCGGGAGCUGGACAUGGGCGCCGCCGAGAGAAGCAGGGAGCCGGGCAGCCCGCGACUGACGGAGGGUAGAAGGAAGCCAACGGAAGCUAAGGUCCAGGCUACGCUGCUUCUCCCGGGCGAGGCGUUUCGGUUUCUUGUGUCCCCGGAGCUGAAAGAUCGCAAAGAGGAUGCGAAAGGGAUGGAGGACGAAGGCCAGACCAAAAUCAAGCAGAGGCGAAGUCGGACCAAUUUCACCCUGGAACAACUCAAUGAGCUGGAGAGGCUUUUUGACGAGACCCACUAUCCCGACGCCUUCAUGCGAGAGGAACUGAGCCAGCGACUGGGCCUGUCGGAGGCCAGAGUGCAGGUUUGGUUUCAAAAUCGAAGAGCUAAAUGUAGAAAACAAGAAAAUCAACUCCAUAAAGGUGUUCUCAUAGGGGCCGCCAGCCAGUUUGAAGCUUGUAGAGUAGCACCCUAUGUCAACGUAGGUGCUUUAAGGAUGCCAUUUCAGCAGGAUAGUCAUUGCAACGUGACGCCCUUGUCCUUUCAGGUUCAGGCGCAGCUGCAGCUGGACAGCGCUGUGGCGCACGCGCACCACCACCUGCAUCCGCACCUGGCCGCGCACGCGCCCUACAUGAUGUUCCCAGCGCCGCCCUUCGGACUGCCGCUCGCCACGCUGGCCGCCGAUUCGGCUUCCGCCGCCUCGGUAGUGGCGGCCGCAGCAGCUGCCAAGACCACCAGCAAGAACUCCAGCAUCGCCGAUCUCAGACUGAAAGCCAAAAAGCACGCCGCAGCCCUAGGUCUGUGACGCCAACGCCAGCACCAAUGUCGCGCCUGCUCCGCAGCACUCAGCCUGCACGCCCUCCGCGCCCCGCUGCUUCUCCGUUACCCCUUUGAGACCUCGGGAGCCGGCCCUCUUCCCGCCUCACUGACCAUCCCUUGUCCCCUUUCGCAUCUUGGACUCAGAGAGCCAGACUCCACGCAGGACCAGGGAUCUCACGAGGCACGCAGGCUCCGUGGCUCCUGCCCGUUUUCCUACCCGAGGGCCUAGAAUUCGGUUUUGUAGGAGCGGGUUUAGGGGAGUCUGGAGAGAGAUUGGACAGGGGAGUGCUGGAACCGCGGAGUUUGGCUCACCGCAAAGCUGCAACGAUGGACUCUUGCAUAGAAAAAAAAUCUUGUUAACAAUAAAAAAUGAGCAAACAAAAAAAUCGAAAGACAAACCGGAGAGAAAACGAGAAAGGGAACUUAUUUCUUAUUGCUAUUUGGCAGAAGCUGAAAUUGGAGAACCAAGGAGCAAAAACAAAUUUUAAAAUUAAAGUAUUUUAUACAUUUAAAAAUAUGGAAAAACAACCCAGACGAAUCUCGAGAGACUGUGGGGGAGUUACCAACUUAAAUGUGUGUUUUUAAAAAUGCGCUAAGAAGGCAAAGCAGAAAGAAGAGGUAUACUUAUUUAAAAAACUAAGAUGAAAAAAGUGCGCAGCUGGGAAGUUCACAGGUUUUGAAACUGACCUUUUUCUGCGAAGUUCACGUUAAUACGAGAAAUUUGAUGAGAGAGGCGGGCCUCCUUUUACGUUGAAUCAGAUGCUUUGAGUUUAAACCCACCAUGUAUGGAAGAGCAA